CCUUAGUGUAAACUGCACUAGACCUAGUGUCCACUCACUUUAAAUAUAUCGAGACAAACAUGGCGGAUCCCAAAGCAAAUAAACAUCAGAAAACAAGUCAUGUCCCCCGCCCUCCGGCAGUAUUGUUUUAUCAUAAAUCCAUGAGUCAAUUGGCAGAAAGUAUCUGUGAACGGUGCAGCCGUGCACUGGAUCAGUCAUCAAGCACGAAACAAGUGAGACUUACUCUUUUUCAAAUCUAAGCUUGAGAAGUGACCAUGGAUUUGAUUGUGAAUUUGUGAUCAAACCAUGGUGAUAAAUAUAUGCAGCGGUAAAUUUGCAUGAAAACUAUCUUACAAGAUUAUUUAUGUUGUUUAGAAAGAACUUUUAUACUAUCAACAAAGUGUGGAGUUGAGAUCUGUAUCAUGGGAACAAUUUCCGGAUGGAUGGCCAAACUUAUUUAUUGCAAAUGCUAAACAAGAUUGUGCAGGAAGAGAUGGUAUGUGAACGUUGUCAGCAUUAGGGUAUAAACUUAAAAGGUCUUGUCCUGUGUUUCAGCUUUUUAAUGUCUGCCUUUGCUAAUUUUUUUCCCCUUCAGUCAUUUGAAUGAGCACUGUAUAUGUUUCACUUUGUUUCGUUCAUUAAAAAAAGAAAGAAAAAGGAUAUAUAUAUAUAUAUAAAAAUGUAUAUAAUAUAUAUGGAUAAACCAAAACACAGACUUUCUAUUUAUAUAUACAUAUAUAUAUUUCUGCAUUGCAGUCAUCUUUCUGGCAAGCUUCCACUCACCAGAAGUUGUGUUUGAGCAGCUUUCUGUUAUUUAUAAGAUUCCCAGGUGAGAUACAUCAGGUGAACAUUAAAACCACCAGUUAUUUCAAGCCCAGGUUAUUUUUUAUACAAAAAUUUCCACAGCUCAAGGGUCUGCUCACUAUCCUUUUUUACAACCGUUGCAUGCUCUCAGGAAGAAUGGGAAAUGGUAAAUACUCCAGAUGAAACUGUGGAGAGUUUGUUAAAAAUCUUAUACCUUUUAAAGACAUGAAGAGACUGCAUCUAUUAGCAUUAGGAUCUGAUUUCUCCUCACAGCAUCAUUGCUAAUUUAAGUGCCAAGGUCAUGAGAGUGGAGGAUAUGAUUGUAUACUUAUUAAGAGAAGCUAUAAACUGUUAAACAAAUUAACCUUUCUAGUAACAAAAGAAAUGUAUAGGAAACAGCACUGAAAAUGUGUAAAAUGAUGUUAGGCUGUAAAAGUUGAAGAUUUUAAAACUCCAUGAUUAUAUCUUAGAAAAUAAGAGAAAUUUGGAAGCCUUAUGCAUUACUUUUGGGAGCAAAGAGGUUUCCUGAAGGAUAGGUAAACAAUAAUUUCUCCCUUUUUUAAUCAUCUGUUUACAUUCUCACAGGCUAUUGGCUCGAUCAUUUACUGCUAUUGUACCAUACUUUCCAACUGGAACAAUGGAAAGGGAGGAAACAGAGGGUCAAGUUGCUACUGCAAAGGUAUUACCAGGAUGAGUGAUUAACUUUGAACUUAUUGUCUUUGGUAUGUAAGCAGUACCAAACUCAAAAAACACAAGCAAAUGGUAUACAGUCUGAUCUGUUCAAAAGGAACCCACUUCCUAAUUUUUGGAGUGUUUAACUUGCAUGUGCUUUACUGUUGUGUAUUACUGGACAAGAUGUACAUUAGAAAUGUAAUACAACAGGUGGACUUGUUUCUCUCCCAUAGACUCUGGCCAUUUUGUUGUCCACUGUUCCAUUGACUGCCAGAGGACCAUCUCAGAUAAUGGUAUUUGAUAUUCAUGCCCUGCAGGAAAGAUUCUAUUUCACUGACAAUGUAAUUCCAAGGUAAUACUCUUAGGAGAGGAAUUUCCCAUGUUAUUGGAAGAUCAUAUUUUAAAUAUGGAGUUGAUUAAUGCCAUAAUGUAAUUUCAGAUGUUCUUGAUUUUAAUUCAUGCAGAUUGGAGACAGCCAUUCCUUUGCUUCUACGAGAGAUAAUGAUGCUAAGCAAAGACAAUGCCAUUAGCAUUGCUUUUCCUGAUGAUGGUGCAUUCAAGAGGUUUCAUACCAUGUUUAAAUCCUUCCCAACUAUCACUUGCACAAAAAUCCGUGACAAGGACCACAGAAUUGUGAAAGUCAAAGAUGGUAGCUUUGAUAACAUUGUGAUUUCAUUUUAUGGCUCUUUGAAUGAUAAAUUGCUUAUCAACAAUUUAAGUACAAGUAAAUAGGUCAGAGUUGAACUGAAUUGAGAACAUCCAUUGUUAGUCAUUGAUGACUCACUUGACCAUGUAGGCCUUCAGUUAACUUUGUAUCUGUUUAUCUGGAUUUCAAGGUGACCCAGCUGGACAUCAUGUGAUCAUCGUUGAUGACCUUGUGAUGACAGGAGGGACCUUAGUGGAGUGUGCUAAAGUAAGAGUGUAGAUAUGGUACCUGCCAGUUUAUAAUAUACAUGUGAAUACUUGAAACAAUGAAAACAAAAAAGAAGCUGCAAACUCUGAGGUAUUUUCCUUUUAUCUUAACAUAUUUCCUGUCUCUAACUGGUGCUCAUUGAUACCUUGACAUAACUUCAUCCUCACUUAAAACCUCAUUACUGGUACACAGGGCUAAUAAUAUAGGUAAAGAUAGGAAUAGAAUGGUAUCAGGCUUAGAAUAUAGCCAAUCAUAACCUACACACUUACAAACCCUUUGUUUUGCCAGGCUUUGUUGUCAGCUGGAGCGGUGAAGAUCAGUGCAUAUGUAACACAUGCUGUGUUUCCUAAAGAUUCGUGGAAGCUGUUCACAGACUGUGAAGUGCCCUUCAGCAAGUUCUACAUAACAGAUUCAAUCCCACAUGCCACCAGUAUUGCUCAGCACUCUCCUUUUAAACUACUUUCCUUGUGUGACUCCAUAUCUGAGACUCUACUGGGCUUUGAUCUGCUACAGAGCUGAUUUCAAAUGACUAUCUUUAGUGUUGUUAAGAAGAAGCUUUGUUACGUCAAUCUUAUGGAGCAUUGUUUAUACUAUGGUGGGAAAUAAAAAAUAGAUUUGUAUUACAUGGGAAGUAAAGUUACAACAGUUAUUUUGUUAGUUAUAGUAGUUAGGUAUAUUUUAUUAUUAUCUGGGAGCAGGUUGCUCUUGUUACACAUUCAUAUAAUGGCCACUUCAGAUGUCAAAAUUAGUGGUAUUCAAAUGUUAUUUUAGUAAAGAAGUUCACAAAUCUAAACACUCAUGCUUUAGUGUUUUGUACAAUAGACAGUUGUUGAUGUAUUAGCAAGAUUAUGAGUACACCCGCAUUGCAUGCCUACAUGUACGUAAUCAACCAUGACACUUUGCUUCCUUAGUUCUACCAUGUGCUCGGUGUAAGAUGGCGACGGUUGUUUAUUAAAUUAUUUUUCGGUACUCACUCAUCACCUCCUGAUUUCCCGUUUUUUGAAGCAAAUCAACAACAGUCACCGUACAAAGAUGGUAUGCAAGGAGUCAAGCUAUAGCCAGAUAUCUAAUUAGUUCCUGGUGUGCAUAGAAUUAUAG